AUGACAACACCCAACCUUCCUCCCGCGUGGCUUGUACAUGUGACUACUUUCCUUCAGUCCGCCGAAGUUCAGGCCAAGGUGGCCCGCCUCCGCGCAGAGACCCGCGAACUGUACGCCGAGAUAGGCAGGUUCGCAGCCAUCAACGGGCCCUUCAUCGCAGCGGGCGGUGAUCCACAUAAGCUCCCAAACCCAUGGUACCUCACACCUGCGCGCCUAGACAGCAUCUUACGCCUCUAUUACGGACUGAAGCCCCACGACCCCUCUGUCGCGGCCAUCUCCUUCGGUGAGUACUUUGGGAGCGUCAACGAAGUCGCCAACGGAGUACCAAUCGGCAUCGUCGUCAAUGAAUUCACCAUCUAUUCUCGGGCCGCCAACCAGGAUGAGGUCAUCCAGAUGAUCAAGUGCAUCAAUGACUCCGAGUCCUUCGGUGAAGGUGGCACAGGUCUCCCCGUUCACAGCGAGGAAGAGCUCAAGUUCAACAUGAUCUGGAAACUUACCCGUUAG